AAAAACACGAAAAAGUUUUGAUUAAUAAAUACUCUAUUUCAAUUAAACUGCAAAAAUCAAACACGAAAUGAGAAAAAAUAAUCAAUAAACCAUAUGAUCGAAAUAUCGAGUGGUACGAAUGUACGAUUACAUAUAAUAAUUAAUUAAUUAUACGUAAACUAUCUAUAUACGGAUUAUAUACAUGUACAAAACUUGUUCUGGACUUAAUUAAUUAAUCAAACAAUUAAGCCUCAUAAUCGUCUUUUACAUGUUAUAUUGACUUUCCUGGGGGUUCUUUGAAACCAACGAAGACCGGCUUCUCCUCCUCGUCUUCUACCGAAACAGAGUUCCUCUUGAUGAAAUCCAAGCAAUCGGCGAUGGCGUCGGAGUAAAACGAGUUUGACCGCCCGUAAGACUUCAACAUAGGAUGGUGCUCUCCGCCGCAGCUGAUGCUGCCGCUCCGGUGGUACAGAGCGUACUUCAUCGCCGCCGCCUCCCUCGUGCCGCUCUUACCGUGACGGCGGUUCCUGGUCUUCCCGUUGACCGUCAUCACGUGCCUCUUCAACGACCUCAGCGCGUGCAGGUACGAGGUUUUCCACUUCCCGACCAGGUUCAGGAACCUCGUACGGAUCCGGUGGACGCAAAACCGCCGGAGGUUCAGCCUAAAACCUCUGCAACCAACUUCAAGGGCUCCGCCGGCGGCGGCUUCGUAACAUGCUCGCCGUUUGUUACUGUCGUGAGAGAAAUCCAUUUCUUAUUUGGGUCUGUAUGAUGAAUGAAUUGAGAUCAAAGGGUAUGGAAACUUUAUUGCAGGGGUUAUAUAAAGGGAUGGAGAAAUUAAUGAGGAG